AUGGCUGACAGUUGCAUUCCAGAACCUCGUCAAGUGUGCAGGGAAGAAGCUAAUAUCCUAGUAAAGAAGGAGAGUCUAGAAAAGGAAAAGCAGAUUUUGGUUGAUCCAAUCUCAUUGCAGGGAUCAGCAGCUGGAGAGGCUAGCUUUAGUCUGAUGCUCUCUCCUGCAGUAGAUACUAGGAUGCGCCCUGCAUCAAAUGCCAAGUUUCUAAGCUAUAGCCUUCCAAACUCUACAAGUUCAUCCCCUCGGUUCAGCUCAGUUUUGUCUAAGAAGAAGUGGAAGAAUGAAAGUCAGAUGUCUCCCCGUCAAGUCGAGAAGCUGGAGCAUCUGAAUCUUGCACCAGAUGAGAGGUUCCGGAGGAGCAAGUCGAGUGGUGAAGGAAGAGCAAGUGUACCAACCGAUGAACUUGAUCUUUGGAUGCAUAAGCCAACUGGUACAGUAUUUGAGAAGCAUCAGGCCAAAACUGAUGAGGCUAGGAAAGAUGAUGGUAGCAAAAGGAUAGAUGCGCAGGAGGAUGGAUUCAAAUGCAGCGCACUAUGCCUGUACCUCCCAGGGUUCGGCAAGGGUAAGCCUGUGAGAGCAAGAAAGGAGGAUAGCCUGGUUAAUGUGAUAUCGAGGAGGGUUUCGUUGGAGAAAUUUGAGUGUGGUUCAUGGGCCUCAUCAGCCAUAGUACCGGAUGAAGAGGUGGAGUCCAUGAGCAUGUACUUCGAUCUCCCAAUGGAGUUGAUUAGGAGUAGCGCCAACGAUGCUCAUUCGCCAAUUUCUGCUGCUUUUGUGUUUGACAAAGACGUUAAAGGGGUGCUGAAAAAUGGGUCGAGAAGCAACACAGGGAGAAAAUGCAAUGAGUCUCCUCGGCAUGUAAGGUUUUCAACAUCUUCGACAUCGUUGCCAGCGUCUCCUGGUUCUUCUUGCAUUACGCCUAGGCUGCGCAAGGCUAGGGAGGAUUUCAAUGCUUUCUUAGAAGCUCAGAGUGCAUCAUAA